AUGUUGCGUACAUUAAAUUAUCAGAAACACAAUUCAAAUGUUUAUUUAAAUACUCCAUUUAUUUAUUUGGGUACAUUUAAAACACGAUCAACAACAACAACAACAACGACAAAUGAUCAUUAUCUUAACUUUCGUCAAACCGAUGAUGAUGAUAAUGAUGAUGCACAAGAAAAUGUUACUUAUCUUUCAUAUUUUGUUCAUUUACCCAAUAUAACUCAAAUAGAAUUUGGAACAAAUCAUAUUGAACUUCAAGUAUAUUCGUUCGAUCAAUGUGUAUCUAUUAUUGAUAUAUUUCUUAAUCUUCUGAAAAACUUGUGUUAUAUUAAAAUUAAAUAUUAUCGAGACACAUUACUUGAUAAUCCAUAUUUACGUGACUGUAUUAUUAGAGAACAUCGUCAACAAUUUCCCAACAAUAUUCUUCAUGAACAAAUCAUUGAUGUUAAAAAUAAUGAACAAACUAUAGAAAUUUGGUUAUCAUGA